ACUAGGGACAAACAGGUUAGGCAGCAGUGGACGAGGCUCGAUCACGACGUACCACCAAAACACGAAACCGAAAAAUCACCGUCAUACGGCCCCUGCAUAAACUAGCCUGGCCAAAUGGCGUGUUCCUUCUAUACCUAGUUAUAUAAGGCCCCUUCCUUCGCCUUGUACUUCCCUCGUUUGUCCUCGUAUCCUUCUUCCUCGUCAACCACAAAUAAUCCUCUCAAAAUGAAGUUCUCAACCCUCCUCGCCAUCAGCAGUGCUGCUCUCGUCGCUGCCGCUGACGAAGGCAACGGAAUCAUUCUCCCCACUUCGAUCGAUGCGAAUCAGUUUGUCUCGGAGGUCUACUCACCAUCCCCCGUCCCCUCCGAGGUAUCGCCAUUCAUCACGCCGCUGGCCACAACGUGGUACAAGGUCCAGAGCUCCUUUAUGCACGACCCCAGAUACCCUUCCCUCACUUCGGAUAUCGUUUCGGCAAUCACCCAUGCCCCCGAUGCCGAGGCUUCGCUGCAGGCUAUGUUGACUGGUGGGGAGUGGAACUGGAACCAGGUGAUGACUCAGUCGUGGUACGACAAUCAUGUGCCGAAGGACUCGAAGGAAUUUGUCUCGCAGUACCUCGAGGCCUGGGAUAAGGCCGCCGAGGAGGUGACAAAAAGCGGCGCUGCCCCUCGGGGCAUGGGCACGGGUAUGGCCGUGGCUGUGGCAGGUGUAGCUGCUUUUGUCAUCGCCGCUGUGUUGUAAUGUAGACAUCGUGACAUUUUACGCAAGACGCGUGGCGAAACGCAAUCUUUAAUAUUAAAUACCAAAACAUACCCUACA